AUUUUUUCCCCUACACUAUUAGCCUCUGUCCACUUCAUUGAUGGCUAAACGACCUAAAUGCACGGAACUGGACAUUUUAAAUCACUUUACACAAACCAAGGAAGCAGCACCAUCUUUCCGUCUACCUGUCAUGCUAAGGCUGCCUCGGUUUUCCCUGCAGUGGGUUGGACUUGAAUGAGGGGGCUUCCUAGGGACAGCUCACAUCUUCCUGCCUCAGAUUCCCGUGCACUUUGAAUAAUCUGGAAGGAGCUUGACCCUUCGGGAAUCCAGAAUUUUAAAAUUCACAGACCCCUUUUGCCUCGAGGGGUGGGGAUGAGGGUAAAUGUCCCAGACUCUGCUUAAGUCUCUGGGUAAGGUCAGCCUUCACCUGACCCCUGAGGGCCAUGCAGUUUCCCUAACCUUGACUUUUAAAGACAGCCUUCUUUAACCCUUUCCUAAAAUUAGGCUGUUGUCAGAAAGAAAAACAAAAACAAAAAAAGAAACCUCCCAGUUCUGAGCCUCAGGAAAAGGACACUCGCAUCCCGGGGGCUUAGGGCAACUUCCCCGCUACAUCGUCCAGGGUUUCUAGAUAAUCGCGUGUCACCAGAACCCUUCCCUCCUUCCCCCCUCGGAUACCAAGCCCGCCCCCUGCCACUUCGCUCUCCGAACGCUGGCUGGGGUGGGUGGCAGCAUCGAGGCGAUUUUAUUCAUCUUUUUUUCCUCCAGGUUUUGUCAUGGAAACGCUGACACAACCUCCAGACGGCGGCUGAGCCGGGCCGGGGACUGAGGGCUUUUGGGACCCUGCGGGAGCGCGGCGCGCGCUCCCCGGGAAACAGCUGGACGCGACCACAUCCCCGGCACAGGCGGGGGGAGCGCGACGCUCCGCCCCGGCGCUCGGCUCCCUCCCUCCUAGCUCGCGGCUCUCCGCAGGCGCCCUCCCCUCGCUGGGGGCUGCGAGUUGCAUUUGGUAAAACCCAGCCCUGGAAUAUAUAGAUCACCCGAGCGCAAUGAAGUAGCCUUCGGAGAGCAGGGAGGGGUCCCGUCCGACAGGCACAGCGGCCGGCGCAGCGGCGGCGGCACCACCAUCACCCCUCGCACCCCAGCCGCCCGGCCCGCAGGGAGGCAGCGGCGGCCGCCGGCGGGAGCGGAGGAGGCGGCGGAGCGGCGCGGGGAGGCGGGGAGGAGGAGCAGCGGCGCGCCGCCGGCCGGUCCACGCAUCUCGGCACUUCCAGACCAACUCCCGCGCCUUCCACACCCCCGCCCGGGCUGGGGGCUCCGAGAGCCGCCGCCGAGCCAGCGCGAUCCUCCCUGCGAGCCGUGCCCAGCCCUGCCCUGCGCCUCCCGGGCUCCGGUCCGUGCGGCGGGCUCCUCGCUCCUGCGCCCCGGGUGCGCCUCCCGGACACCCCGAUCCCGGCGCCCAGGACAAAGCCAUGAAGCCGGCGCUGCUGGAAGUGAUGAGGAUGAACAGAAUUUGCCGGAUGGUGUUGGCCACUUGCUUGGGAUCCUUUAUCCUGGUCAUCUUCUAUUUCCAAAGUAUGUUGCACCCAGGUAGGGGGCGCGUUAGCGUGGUUUUGUUGGAUAUUUCUUCUCUCUCGCGCUCUCGCUCGCUCGCUCGCUCCGCCUGGUUUCUACCUCUUCCAACCUUACCUCUUUCCCCUCGGCCUCUUCGGGGCUCCUUGCUGCCCGGGCCACCGAGCCGGGAUGGGAGGAGGAGGGACAGUGUGUUCCUUCCUCUGCUUCCUCCCGGCUCCAGGCUGGAGGAUGGGACCAGGAGGGGCGUCAUGCGGCAGAAUCCCUUCGGUGUGGACAUCUGCUGCCAGAAGGGGUCCCGAAGCCCCCUGCAGGAGCUCUACAACCCCAUCCAGCUGGAGCUCUCCAACACUGCCGUCCUCCACCAGAUGCGGCGGGACCAGGUGACGGACACGUGCCGCGCCAACAGCGCCACCAGCCGCAAGCGGCGGGUGCUGACGCCCAGCGACCUGAAGCACUUAGUGGUGGACGAGGAUCACGAGCUCAUCUACUGCUACGUCCCCAAGGUGGCCUGCACCAACUGGAAGCGGAUCAUGAUGGUCCUGACCGGGCGGGGCAAGUACAGCGACCCCAUGGAGAUCCCCGCCAACGAGGCGCACGUCUCCGCCAACCUGAAGACCUUGAACCAGUACAGCAUCCCGGAAAUCAACCACCGCUUGAAAAGCUACAUGAAAUUCCUGUUUGUCCGGGAGCCCUUCGAGAGGCUGGUGUCGGCCUACCGCAACAAGUUCACGCAGAAGUACAACACGUCCUUCCACAAGCGCUACGGCACCAAGAUCAUCAAACGGCAGCGGAAGAACGCCACCCAGGAGGCCUUGCGGCGCGGCGACGACGUCAAGUUCGAGGAGUUCGUGGCCUAUCUCAUCGAUCCGCACACCCAGCGGGAGGAGCCCUUCAACGAGCAUUGGCAGACCGUCUACUCCCUGUGCCACCCCUGCCACAUCCACUACGACCUCGUGGGCAAGUACGAGACACUGGAAGAAGAUUCUAACUACGUCCUGCAGCUGGCAGGAGUGGGCAGCUACCUGAAGUUCCCCACCUAUGCAAAGUCUACGAGAACUACUGAUGAAAUGACCACAGAAUUCUUCCAGAACAUCAGCUCAGAGCACCAAACGCAGCUAUACGAAGUCUACAAACUCGAUUUUUUAAUGUUCAAUUACUCAGUGCCAAGCUACCUGAAAUUGGAAUAAAAGGGGGUGGGGCGAGGGAGAGAAUCGUGCUUUUUAAUUUAAGAUUUUUAUUUGUCAAAAGAAUUAUAUGGAUAUUGGGUUAUUUUGUAAAUUAAUAUUUCUUCGGGGGUGAUGCUGCAAGCAGCAUGGUGAGAAUUAUUUAAAAUCCUUCGCAGGGAAGGGCAGCUGUCUCUGCAGGGGAAUAGGAUGGGUUGUCCUUGUUUUUAGAAGUGAAUACUGCAACACUGUCUCAAAGGUUUCCUUGUGUUCUGGUGAAUUCCAUGAAUUGUGCAUUCCAUAAAUUCUAAUUAAUAUUAUUUAUAGUUAUUUAAA